AUGGAAGACAAUCGGUUUUUAGAGGAUGAUAACGCCUCUGGUCAUCACCAGCAAUCACAGCAUGUACCGCAGCAACAACAACUGUCUUCUUCUUCACACUUUCAAUCUGGUUAUCAGCCAGAGCUAUUUCCUCCAGGACUAAGUAAAAUAAAGCACUUGCAAUCGCUUCCAGAUCAACAGAUGCACCAACCACACAAUUCCAGAGGUAGGACCGGCUACAACCCAGUGACACAUAAUCGCCAAAGCUUACCUGAUGCGGAUAAUCAAAAUAAUACCACAUAUAGAUCAAACUAUCCUGCACCUGACCCAAGUACAUCCGAGAUGUAUCCGAACCAAGCACCUCCACUCAAAGGUAGAAUAAGAGUCAGCAAGGCCUGCGAUAGAUGUAGGAGCCAGAAGAUAAAAUGCUCGGGUACCUUCCCCUGCAGUACUUGUAUAAGGCAUAAAAAGGACUGCAAGUACAGCAAGAAUGACAACAACCCAGAGACAGCGUUGAAGCGCCAUAAGGUUGACGACGAUUCCCCAUUCGAGAAUUCAGCGGGAGGAGCUGAUUCUCCCAAAGAUCAAGUUUACGUGAGGCUGCUUGAAAAUAGAGUUAAGUACCUUGAAUCAUUACUUUCUGCAGACUCUGAUACGUUGUUUAGGGAAGACCCAAGUCCCAACGCUGAUAUGUCAAAAUGGGUACAGCUAAUUAGUUCUUCAAGUAAAUGGAGAUUCUCCAGAAGACAUCAAAACAUAAUGACCAUUGAUUUAUGCCAGUAUGUUUACAAUACUUUGUCAGAAGAGAGCCGUAAGCAAGUCACUUUGCCAAGGACUCAGUACUUUGGUUGGAACAUGAGUGGUGUGCAUUAUUUGCUGCCUGAAAACUUACCUGAGGAACCUGAGUUUGACCUUAGUAGGGAACAGGAAACGGUAUUCAUUGACUUUUUCUUUAAGGAGGUGAAUAUGUUAUAUGCUAUUUUACAUGAGACUGUUUUUAGAGAACAGGUAGAAUUGUUUCAUAAAUUAAGAGAAGCUAAAAUGCAAGAACCUACUAAUAUUAGAGUAGAAGAAGAACCGGAGCAAUACAUUCCAAAAGGGAAAUCUAGAAAGAGACAAGCUGCGUCGCAAAAAGAAAAUGAAAAGGAAAAGGUACCACCGCUUAUUCAGAAUAAGAACAAUCAGACUAAGCUCUUUUCAGCGAAGCUCUAUCUUGUUUUCGCAAUUGCUAUUCGUUUCAUUGAGUUUCAAAAACCGCAAGGACCUUCUCUAGAAAUGCUUCAACUUGAAGAAAUGUUGUUCAAAUAUUCUCAUAGAGUAGUGGAGAUUCUUGCCUUUGAGUGGGAAUCGGUGGAAUUGAUUCAAUCGUGGUUAUUGAUCGCUUUGUACCUUAGAUUGACACAUAGACAAAAUUCAGCGUAUCUGGCGCUUGGAAGAGCCAUCACAAUGACUAGAUCUAUGGGUCUUGGAUUUGAAGUUCCUGUUGCCUAUAAGGCUACACCUUAUGAACUCUUGAAGGCCAAGAGAAUAUUCUGGGCUGUUUAUACAUUCGACAGAUUAAUUGGUUUACAAUUGGGGAGAUAUUGUGGACUCCGAGAUAAUGAUAUCUACAGGAGAUUUCCUUCUAGAAUAUACGAAGAAGAGAAAGAUGAUUGGAUGACUUUGCCUGCCUUUGUGAUGCUUCAUAUUGCUCGUAUCAGUAAUUUCGUUCACACUUUAAGUACUGAUACCCCACCAUUAUUAAAAUUCGAACAAAUAAAUAAAGAAGUAGAGGACUUAGACGUGUGGUUUAAGGAAAUAGGGUUUGCUGAUGACGAUGUAUAUAAAAGGGGCCAAGAAGAGGGUGAAAUUUCCUCCAUGGUUAAGGCACAAGCUAAGUUGCACUAUUAUGACUUGGUUAUCUCCAUUCACGGUAGAGGAGUGUUCAAUUUUGUUGGAAGGGUAAUAAACAAUGAAGGAUUAAAAUUGCCCUUGAUAAUUUCUUCUUGCGAGGGGAUAAUCAAGCUUUUCAAUAGAAUUAAUGGAGCCAAAUUGCUCACAACACCCUGGUAUUUGACCUUGUUACUUUUAUACAAUGUUGGGAUAACAUCCUUGACAUUCAUAAAUGGUGGUUACGAAAUUCCGAGAAACCGAGAAAUUUUCAGAUGUUCAAUCAAUUUAAUCAUGGCAAUCCGUAAAUCUAAUGUGAAGGAAGGAGGUAAAAUCAUUAAUAGAGAUCGAUUUAAGAUGGCGAAAGAGUGUCUUUGGGCUUUGAAAAUGACAAACCAUAUUGUUAUGCUUAGGUUACAGGAAGAUAUUGAAAAUAUGAAUAAGAUUGGGGUGGACCACGGCUCUGCUGAUGUUAAUGAACAGAACUUUGGACAAUUUGGUAAGCAUGUUUCCAAGAAUGGGCUUGAUUCCAAUGAGCAUUUAUUCACAGGAAACAUCCCCAAGAAUCAAAAGUAUGGUACUCGUGCAUACGAUAGAGAUCAAGAGCUUAAAAGUCGGCAAUUAGCUAACAAUGGAAACGUUAUAGUGGGAACUCCGUUGGAAGAAGACCCGAAUCGUAGUCUACACAAGCGUCUUCGCGGUCUUGAGGAAGAAGGAGAAGACGAAGAAGAUUCUCAGACUAAUAACCAGCCAACACCGGCUUCUGAUACAUCCUCGACCUCAGCUAAUAAUUUUGUUCAGCCCGCUGGAGAAGUGAACGACCCUCUUGGAAAUGACCUUUUAGGUAAUUUGCAAUGGUUCGACCAGUGGUUGGAUUUCAAUUAUGACUUGUAG